CCGAGCCGGCGUUUUGUUCUGUUUGUUUGGGUGUCGGUUUGGGUUCUCAGGUUGGCGAACUAGAUCCUCAGGGCCGAAACCAGGCUUAUCAGGCAGCUGAAAACCACUGGCUUCGACCUGCACGUGUGUAGGAAGGCUUUCUAGGGCAAGACACGUGCCCGUCGAGCUUUUUAUCAUUCAUCAUUUGGACGCAAACUGACUUCGAGGGAAGACGUUUUUGAAGUCAAAAUUCCAAUUGUGGCCGGGCGGUUGAACAGAAGCUCUUCUGCUUUCCAUGAGAGUGGACGAGAUGGAGACGACGGCGGAAAAUGCGACUCUCAUCCUGUCCAGUGGACAAACCUUUGCUGGGCAGAUUUUUGGAGCUAAGACAGCAGUCGAUGGCGAAAUUGUGUUCCAGACUGGUAUGGUUGGCUAUGUGGAGGCCCUGACUGACCCAUCGUACCAUGGGCAGUUUCUCCUACUCACCUAUCCUCUGAUUGGAAAUUACGGGGUGCCCGAAGAGUCAAAGGACGAGUUUAAUCUCAGCAGGUGGUUCGAGUCCGACAGGAUUUACCCAAAAGCCUUGAUUGUGUCUGAAAAAUGCGACACCCCGAGCCAUUUCCAGAGCGUCAAAAGUAUCGACCGUUGGCUGCUGGAGAACGGUGUGACUGGGCUGUCCGGCAUCGACACCAGGGCUCUCACCAGGAUCCUGCGUGAGUCUGGCUCAACAAUGGCGCGCAUCGUCCUUGGUGAUACCACUUUGGAGGAUCUCCAGAGGGAGAUUCCAGACCUCAACUUGCGCAAUCUGGUUGCUGAAGUUGCUCCAAAGACUACAAUGAUUUAUAACUCUGGAGGGAGUCCAAAAAUCAGGAUGAUGCACUGCGGAGGCAAAACCAAUCAGAUCAGGUGUUUGGCCAAGAGAGGUGCUCAAGUCGAGGUUGUACCUUGGGACGCGCCUCUACUUGAAGAAAAGGAAAAAUUUGAUGCUUUGUUCUUGAGCAAUGGUCCAGGAGAUCCGCAGCUUUGCAAAGCUCUAGUUGAUAAUUUGCGUCGUCUGAUGGCAGCUGUUGUGAAGCCAAUUUUUGGGAUUUGUCUUGGCCACCAACUUCUGGCCAUUGCUGCUGGCUGCUCAACAUAUAAAAUGAGGUAUGGCAACCGUGGGCACAACCAGCCUUGUGUGCACAUUUCCACUGGUCGCUGCUUCAUGACUACCCAGAAUCACGGCUUUGCCGUAUCCACUGAGGACAUGCCGGAAAACUGGUUGCCGCUCUUCACCAACAUGAACGACAACUCCAAUGAGGGCAUUGUUCACUCCAAACUACCUUAUUUCAGCGUGCAAUUCCACCCUGAGCACUGUGGCGGUCCUGAAGACUUGGAGUGUUUGUUUGACAUUUUUCUGAGCGUUGCACAAGACUACCGCAAAGCACCUGAGUUGUUUGCUUGUGUUGAUUCAUAUCUAAUCAAGCAGCUUGCUUUCGUCCCAGAAAAACCGCAAAAAACCACUGUGAAGAAGGUGAUGCUUCUUGGUUCAGGAGGUCUGUCCAUAGGACAAGCCGGGGAGUUUGACUACUCGGGUUCGCAGGCGCUUAAGGCACUCCGAGAGGAAAAAAUCCACACUGUCCUGAUCAACCCAAAUAUUGCCACCGUCCAGACCUCCCCGGGCUUUGCUGAUAAGGUCUACUUUUUGCCCAUAACCCCUGAAUACGUGGAGCAGGUCAUCCAGUAUGAGAGACCUGACGGAAUUCUGCUGACUUUCGGAGGUCAAACUGCUCUGAACUGUGGUGUUGCCUUGGAUGCAAAGGGAGUUUUUCAGAAGUAUGGAGUUGAGAUUCUCGGCACUCCCAUUGAGGCCAUCAUGGUCACAGAAGAUCGCCAGCUUUUUGCGGAAAAAAUGGCGUCAAUUGAUGAGAGAGUUUCUCCAAGUAUCGCUGUUUACAAUGUACAGGAGUCUCUUGAUGCUGCAGAAAAACUUGGUUAUCCUGUCUUGGCAAGAGCUGCUUACACUUUAGGUGGCCUGGGAUCUGGCUUUGCCAACGACAAGGAUGAGCUGAGCUCUCUGUCGCAGCAGGCCUUGGCACACUCUAAGCAGCUAAUCAUAGAUAAAAGUUUGAAGGGCUGGAAGGAGGUUGAGUAUGAAGUGGUGAGGGACGCCUAUGACAACUGCAUCACGGUUUGUAACAUGGAAAAUUUGGACCCCUUGGGUAUUCACACUGGUGAAAGCAUCGUGGUGGCCCCGAGCCAAACCCUGAACAACAGGGAGUACCACAAAUUGCGUACCGUUGCCAUCAAAGUGAUCCGAAGUCUUGGAAUUAUUGGCGAGUGCAACAUCCAAUAUGCCCUUUGCCCCUACUCUGAUGAAUAUUACAUCAUAGAGGUGAAUGCCCGUUUGUCACGCAGUUCUGCCCUUGCCAGCAAGGCAACUGGAUACCCAUUGGCCUACGUGGCAGCAAAGCUCUGCCUAGGCAUUCCAUUGACCGAAAUCAAGAACUCUGUCACUGGAGUAACCACUGCCUGCUUUGAGCCCAGUCUUGAUUAUUGUGUUGUUAAAAUCCCUCGUUGGGACUUGAGCAAAUUUUCAAGAGUGAGCACAAAGAUUGGCAGUUCCAUGAAGAGUGUGGGCGAAGUGAUGGCUGUGGGCAGGAACUUUGAGGAGGCCUUCCAAAAAGCGCUGCGAAUGUCUGAUGAGAACAUUUGCGGCUUUGACCCCUACUUCAAACCAACCUGUGAGAAAGAGCUUUCUGAACCAACAGACAAGCGCAUGUUUGUCUUGGCUGCUGCCAUCAAGGACGGUUACACAGUUGAAAAGUUGAAUAAGCUGACCAAUAUUGAUCCGUGGUUCCUGCACAAAUUGCUUGGGAUAAUUUCUCUGCAGAAUGAGCUGGAGAAGAGCAAGUCCUUGAGUAUUGAGCUGCUCACCAGGGCCAAGAAAAUGGGAUUCUCUGACAAGCAGAUUGCUUCAUUUGUCAGCAGCACUGAACUGAACAUCAGGCAGAAAAGGGCUCAAGUGAGUGGUCCGUGGGUGAAGCAAAUUGACACAGUGUCUGCAGAGUGGCCAGCGUCCACCAAUUACCUCUACCUCACUUAUAACGGAACUUCACAUGACCUCGACUUUCCAGGAAACUAUGUCAUGGUCAUUGGAUCUGGAGUUUAUCGUAUUGGAAGUAGUGUCGAAUUUGAUUGGUGUGCAGUUGGCUGCCUCAGAGAGUUGAAGCGGUUGGGGAAGAAGACCAUUAUGUUGAACUACAACCCAGAGACUGUUUCAACGGAUUAUGAUAUGUCAGACCGACUGUACUUUGACGAAAUAUCUUUUGAGACUGCAAUGGACAUCUACACAUUGGAAAAUCCUGAAGGCAUAAUUUUGAGUGUGGGUGGGCAACUGCCUAAUAACAUAGCAAUGGACCUGCACCGUCAACAGGCCAGAGUCUUGGGAACCAGUCCUGAAAUGGUGGACAGUGCUGAGAAUAGGUUCAAGUUUUCACGUAUGCUGGACAGAAUUGGGAUCCUUCAACCGAGGUGGAGAGAAUUGACAACAUUGGAGAGUUCGAUUGAGUUCUGCAAUGCUGUUGGUUAUCCUUGUCUGGUGCGACCCUCUUAUGUACUCAGUGGCGCUGCAAUGAAUGUGGCGCACAACGAGGAUGACCUGAAGACAUUCCUGCAGUCAGCCGCCAAGGUCAGCAAGGAACAUCCCGUGGUUGUGUCAAAAUUCCUUCUUGACGCAAAGGAAAUCGACGUGGAUGCUGUGGCUAAGGAGGGCAUUAUUCUCUGCAUGGCUGUGUCGGAACAUGUUGAGAAUGCAGGUGUUCACUCUGGAGAUGCAACUCUUGUGACGCCACCUCAAGAUAUCAAUCCUAAAACCUUGCACAAGAUAUCAGCCAUUGCAAAAGCCAUUGCUCGGAACCUUGAGGUCACUGGCCCCUUCAACAUGCAACUCAUAGCAAAGGAUGAUGAGCUGAAGGUCAUUGAGUGUAACGUCCGUGUUUCAAGAUCGUUCCCAUUUGUUUCGAAAACUCUUGAACACGAUUUUGUAGCAACAGCCACUAGGGUCAUGCUGGGCUACGAGGAGAAUGCAGUAGACAUUCUGCAUGGGUGCGGAAAGGUUGGUGUGAAGGUGCCUCAGUUCUCCUUCUCGCGCCUCACAGGUGCUGAUGUGAUGCUUGGUGUUGAAAUGGCGUCUACUGGAGAAGUAGCUUGUUUUGGAGAUAAUCGCUACGAGGCCUACUUGAAGGCUAUCAUGAGCACUGGCUUCCAGUUGCCCAAAAAGAGCGUUCUUCUCUCCAUUGGCACAUUCAAGCACAAAAAUGAGUUACUGCCCAGCAUCAAGAAUUUGGAGAAGAUGGGCUUCAAGUUAUAUGCCAGCUAUGGCACUGCUGACUUCUACAAUGAACAUGGACUAAAGAUUGAGGCUGUCGAGUGGAGCUUCGAGGACAUUGGUGAAAAUGCUACACGAGGCCAGUUGAACCAGAUGGCUGACUAUUUGGCUAACCGCAAAUUUGACCUUGUCAUAAACCUCCCAAAGCGAGACGGCGGUGCUCGUCGGGUGUCCAGUCUGGUAACCCAAGGUUACCGCACGCGCCGUAUGGCCGUCGACUACGCCAUUCCACUGAUAACAAACGUCAAGUGCGCCAAAUUGUUGAUUGACGCACUCAUGCUGAUUGGAGGUGCGCCACAAAUGAAGCCCCACUCUGACUGUCUCUCAAGUCAUCAGCUCGUACGACUCCCUGGUCUCAUCGAUGUCCAUGUGCAUCUGCGAGAACCAGGCGCUGUCCACAAGGAGGACUUUGAUUCAGGCACUUGUGCAGCUCUGGCUGGCGGCAUCACACUUGUCUGUGCCAUGCCCAAUACAAACCCUGCAGUCACUGACCUUGCUACUCUUAAUUUUGUUGCCGAGUUAGCGGCCCAAAAGGCUAGAUGUGACUAUGCUUUGUUUGCUGGUGCCUCUGUAAAUAAUUUUGAAUCCAUUUGCAACUUGGCUAACUCAGUUGCUGGUCUCAAGAUGUACAUGAAUGAAACUUUCACCACCUUGAAAUUGGACAACUUUGAAGUGUGCUCUGAGCAUUUUAAAAACUGGCCACGGACAUCACCCUUGUGUGUACAUGCUGAGCGAGAGACCCUAAGCACAGCACUGCUGCUCUCCAGCUUGCAUCAGCGGCCCUUGCACGUCUGUCACGUAGCUCGCAAGGAGGAAAUUCUUAUGAUCAAGAAAGCCAAGCAAAUGGGUCUGCCAGUGACCUGUGAGGUUGCCCCUCACCAUCUAUUCCUUUCAACCGACGAUUUGAGUACAAUCGGGACCUCGAAAGCUAAUGUGAAGCCUUCGAUUUGUACUUCAGAUGAUGUAAAAUCUCUGUGGGAAAACUUAAGCAUCAUUGAUGUUUUUGCCACGGACCAUGCUCCACAUUUGUUGAUGGAAAAGCUCGAAAAAUCACCUCCAGGCUUUCCUGGACUUGAGACUGCCUUGCCUUUGCUGUUGAAUGCGGUCUCUGAAGGAAAACUUACCAUUGAUGACAUCGUGCUGCGCUAUCACACAAAUCCAAAACGCAUCUUCAAUCUGCCCGAGCAACACGAUACAUACAUUGAAGUGGACUUGGCGCAGGAGUUCACAGUUCCGGAGAAGACUAUCCAUUCGAAGGCAGGCUGGACACCAUUUGCUGGACGCAAGCUGAAGGGAGCUGUCCACAGAGUGGUGCUGCGUGGCGAGCUUGCCUUUUUGGAGGGCAAUGUGCUUGUCAACACCGGGUAUGGGCAGGAUGUGAGAAAGUGGUCAAGGCCCCAAGUGCCUCAGGCAUUGCCUUCCUUGGCGCCAUCGCCAGUGGUGCCGACAAUUGUCAUUGACAAAAGACCAGUCUCACCUUUACAGCCGCCUGAUCUUGGCAAGCCCAAGAAGGACAUGCACGCCCGAAUGAUGGAGGAAUUGGACAUAAAGCAGGUUGAUGACGACGUGCUGCCUGCAGUUCCUGCGCCACAUCGCCUUCAAGGCCAGCACAUUUUGAGCUCCAGAAUCUUCUCCAAGGACCAACUGAACCGAAUUUUUGAUGUUGCUCAGACAUUCCGACAUGCAGUGCAGAAAGAACGUGGUCUUGACCACAUUCUGAAGGGUAAGGUGUUGGCAAGCGCCUUUUUCGAAGUGAGCACACGCACCUCAUGCAGUUUUGCUGCGGCUAUGUGGCGCCUUGGUGGCUCUGUGAUCCACAUCGAUGAAGCCAGUUCGUCAGCUCAGAAAGGAGAAUCACUUGAGGAUUCGGUUCAGGUUAUGUCCGGCUACUCUGAUAUCAUCGUCCUUCGACAUCCCAAACCUGGAGCAGUUGGUGCGGCUGCUGCUCGUUGUCGUAAGCCAGUGAUAAAUGCAGGCGAUGGAACAGGAGAACAUCCAACACAAGCUUUGCUCGACAUUUUUGCCAUUCGUGAGGAGAUAGGCACUGUCAAUGGUCUUACCAUCACUCUGGUGGGCGACCUGAAACACGGCCGCACCGUCCACUCUCUGGCCAAGUUGUUGACUCUCUACAAUGUGACAUUAAGGUAUGUUGCUCCACCAGGGCUGGAAAUGCCGAUAGACGUUCAGAAUGUUGUUGGCUCUGCUGGGAUAAAACAGGAGAGUCAUUCGGACCUAGAGAGCGUGUUGCCAGACACUGAUGUGCUGUACAUGACUCGCAUUCAGAGAGAGCGAUUCACAUCAAAAGAGGAUUACGAAAAGGCUCUCAAUGUGUAUCAAGUAACACCACAGUUGAUGCGCCUGGCAAAGAGGAAGAUGGUGGUGCUGCACCCUCUGCCCAGACUGCUGGAGAUCACCCCCGAGUUUGAUUCUGACCCCAGGGCUGCCUAUUUCCGUCAGGCUGAGGGUGGCCUCUACGUUCGAAUGGCUCUGCUUGCCAUGGUGCUUGGCAAGUGUUGAUCACUUUGAAAAAUGGGGGAAAUUUUGAUAUUAUUGUACAAUUCUUUUAAUGUCAUUUAGCUUCAAUUGGUAAUUUUUUGUUGAUAUUUUGGAAAAGAACUAAAACUUAUGAAUUAUCUCUGAUAUACCAUGCUUUUGUUAAGCCAGUGUUGAGUUUUAGCAGUUUAAACCACAGUCCAUCUUUUGCCACUAAUUUUAUUGAUAAAAUCUUGUUACAUCUUGAAAGCUUGAAAGAAAAUAAAAUAAACAUUUAAUAUUGGCACUAA